UGGGGUAAAUAUGUUUACGUCUACCCUUUUCAGUUGCUGCUGCUGACGUAUGUGACAACGAAAGUGAAAGUAAGCCACGAAGUGCCGCAGCCCAUUUUCCACCUAAAAACAGGAGAACAGGACUGGAGAAGAUGAGUGAUUUAAAAGAUGAUGGGGAGGACACAUCUUCUGUCUUCAGCUGUCUGUCCAUGAAGAGUGACAGGUCUAUAGAUGUACCUAUAAUCUUCAAGAAUGAACCUGGACCCUCAGACACAAAUCUGUCUCUGAAGAGUGACAGGUCUAUAGAUGUACCUAUAAUCUUCAAGAAUGAACCUGGACCCUCAGGCACAAAACAGAGAGCAGAGUCCCCAGGUUCCAGCUUUCUUUCUCUGAAGAGUGACAGGUCUAUAGAUGUACCUAUAAUCUUCAAGAAUGAACCUCGACCCUCAGGCACAAAUCUGUCUCUGAAGAGUGACAGGUCUAUAGAUGUACCUAUAAUCUUCAAGAAUGAACCUGGACCCUCAGGCACAAAAAGGAAGAGGGAAAGUCAUGUUUCUGUGGAGGAAGAGACGCACAGACAGUUGUUAUGCAGACAGUGCAGCACCUCAUACUGGGAGCAGCGACCUCCAUCAGGAAACCCCUCCUGUCCCCAGUGUGGAAAAGGUUCCAGAACCAGUGCUGGACUGCAGACAGCCAGUCAGACCAGCACUGUACCAACAGAUAGUGGUCUGCAGGAGCUUUUAGAUGAAUAUCGAAUCAGUCUGAGGAGGAUAUGUGAAAGUGUGACUGAAGGAACUGAUGGAAGUGAAACCCUCUUUAAAAGGAUCUACACUGAGCUGUACAUCACACAAGGCCAGAGUGAAGAGGUUAAUACCCAACAUGAGGUGAGGCAGCUUGAGGUAGCUGUGAAGAAAAAGACCCCUCAUGACACUCCAAUCAAGUGCCACAACAUCUUUAAAUCCUUACCUAACAAAUCGAGACACAUCAGAGUGGUUCUGACGAACGGCAUCGCUGGCAUUGGAAAAACCUUCUCAGUGCAUAAGUUCACUUUGGACUGGGCAGAGGGUUUGGAAAACCAAGAUGUCAGUCUGGUGAUUCAACUUUCAUUCAGGGAGCUGAACCUGAUCAAAGCUGAGCAGUACAGUCUUCUCAGGCUGCUUCAUGUUUUCUAUCCAACCUUAAAGAAGGUCACAGCAGAGCAGCUCACUGUCUGUAAAGUGCUGUUCAUCCUUGACGGCCUGGAUGAAAGCAGAUUUCCACUGAAUUUUCCCAACCGUGAGGUUGUGUCCGAUCCCACACAGCGGUCCUCAGUCAAUGUGCUGCUGACAAACCUCAUCAGGGGGAAUCUGCUUCCCUCGGCUCUGGUCUGGAUAACUUCCCGACCUGCAGCGGCCAGUCAGAUCCCUCCCCAGUGUAUUGAUUUGGUAACAGAAGUACGAGGCUUCACCGACGCCCAGAAGGAGGAGUACUUCAGGAGGAGAUCGAAUGAUGAAGAACUGUCCAGCAGAAUCAUCUCUCACAUCAAGAGCUCCAGGAGCCUCCACAUCAUGUGUCUGAUCCCAGUCUUCUGCUGGAUCACUGCUGCAGUUCUGGACUACAUUUUGACUACAGACCAGAGAGGAGAGCUUCCACAGACCCUUACUGACAUGUACUCACGCUUCUUGCUGGUCCAGACAAAGAGGAAGAAGCAGAAGUAUGAUCAAGGACAUGAGACGAGUCAACAGCAUCUGACGGAGGCCGACGAGGAAGUUCUUUUGAAGCUGGGGCGGCUGGCGUUUGAACAUCUGGAGAAAGGAGACAUCGUGUUCUACAAAGAAGACCUGGAGCAGUGUGGUCUUGAUGUUACGGAGGCCUUGGUGCACUCAGGAGUUUGUACAGAGAUCAUCAAAAGAGAGCGUGUGAUCUUCCAGAAAACUGUCUACUGCUUUGUUCAUCUGAGCCUUCAGGAGUUUCUGGCUGCAGUCUACAUGUACCACUGUUACACCAACAGGAACACAGAGGUACUUAACCACUUCCUGCAUGGAGACUGCAAAUAUUACAACAUUGAUAGCAAUGAUGAUAGUUAUCCAUCCCUGGAUGUCUUCCUGGAGUUUGCCACGUUGAAAUCCCUAGAAAGUAGAAAUGGGCAUCUGGAUCUGUUUGUGCGCUUUCUCCAUGGCCUCUCGCUGGAGUCCAACCAGAGACUCUUAGGAAGCUUGCUUGGACAGACAGAUAACAGUCCAGAAGUCAUUCAGAGAGCCAUCCACAACCUAAAGAGGAUAAGAGCUGAAAAUAUCUCUCCUGAUAGGAUCAUCAACAUCUUCCACUGUCUGACAGAGAUUAAGGACCACUCAGUACAUCAGGAGAUCACAGAGUUCCUGAAGUCAGGGAACGGAUCAGAGAAGAAGCUCUCUGCGAUCCACUGCUCAGCUCUGGCCUACAUGCUACAGAUGUCAGAGGGGGUUCUGGAUGAGUUGGACCUGAGGAAGUACAACACAACCGAGGAGGGACGACGGAGACUGAUUCCAGCUGUGAGGAACUGCAGAAAGGCUGUGUUUUCAUACUGUGGAAUCUCAGACUGGGAAAUCGUGGUCUCAGCGCUGAAGUCCAACCCCUCCCACCUGAGAGAGCUGGAGUUGAAGGACAACGAUUUGACAGAUUCAUAUGUAAAGCAGCUGUGUUCUGGACUGGAGAAUCCAAACUGCAGACUGGAGAUGCUGAGAAUGAGGAGCUGCAUGUUGACAGAGAUCAGCUGUGCAUCUCUGGCCUCAGCUCUGAAGACCAACCCCUCCCUACUGAGAGAGCUGGACCUCAGUCGCAACAAGCUGCAGGAUUCAGGAGUGAAGCGGCUCUGUGAUUUGCUGGAAAUUCCACACUGCAGACUGCAGACUCUCAGACUGAGGGACUGCUGGUUGACAGAGAUCAGCUGUGCCUACCUGGCCUCAGCUCUGAAGAACAACCCCUCCCAUCUGAGAGAGCUGGAGUUGUGUGAAAACAAGCUGCAGGAUUCAGGAGUGAAGCAGCUGUGUGAUUUUCUGGAGAGUCCACUCUGCAGACUGCAGACUCUCGGACUGAGGGACUGCUGGUUGACAGAGAUCAGCUGUGCCUAUCUGGCCACAGCUCUGAAGACCAACCCCUCUCAUCUGAGAGAGCUGGAGCUGAGAUACAACAAUCUGCAGGAUUCAGAAGUGAAGCAGCUGCGUGAUUUGCUGGAAAGUCCACACUGCACACUGCAGACUCUCAGGAUCAACAGCAAAUAAGCAGUAACAAUGUCCCAAGAGGGGGAAUUCUAAAGAGGAAUGUCCCGGCACAGAACAGAAUCCCUGAAGACAGGAAGUUGCUUUCAGCUCUGACUCAUUGUCAGUCUGAAGGGGAGUGUGAUGAUGACAAAUGUCUAUAACAGUCAUCUGUUGUAAAAUAGCGAGCAUCGGCAAGGUGAACGCAGCGUUAGCGAGGCAGAGGUAGGCAGAUCUGGCAGAUUAAAUAGAGCGGCAGAUCUAGGAAAUUUGUUUGGUUGGUUGCAAGAGUGGCGAGGGGCUUUAUGUGCGAUUGUAUCGUUAGUGCUCGAGUUGACUGCCUGAACUAGCUUGCAGGCUGUGUCCCAUUUAAAAGAAAUAAUUAAUCUUCUCAAUUAACACAGUUCAGUCAGACAACUCACGUGUUUCAAUAAUAUGUUUAUUAGAAGCAGUAUAUAGUUUGAGUUUGGCAUCUAGGCUCGGGCCUCAUCACUCCACAUAUUAACACGGAACAUUGAGCGAUGAUGAGAUAACUAACCCCCCGAGCCUACAAGUGGAAGCUGGGGUGGUGAUGGGGCAGGCGAGCAUCGCCAACGUGAACGCAGCAGCGAGGGAGAGGUAGGCAGAGGUAGGCAGGUCUGGCAGAUUAAAUAGAGCGGCAGGUUUAGGAGAAUGUGUUUGGUUGGUUGCAAGAGUGGCGAGGGGCGUUAUGUGGGAACGUAUCAUUGGUGGUCGAGUUGACUGCCUGAACUUGCUUCCUGGCUUCCUCCCAUUUGUCAAAAAGUGGAAAACAACUCAUGAGUAUAUAUAAGAAUUGGAUGGAAAGUGUGGAUGUUUUUAUAGAUUGGGGUAAUUGACAUGUUGACUACAGGGUUCUCUGGAUAAUUUGUCCCGAGCCACACCCAUUUUACAUUGAAAAGCACAUCUGUUGGGAUGGUGAGUAAGCAUGGGUGCCUUUGGUCGACAGCACAGGGGUCUGUGUGAAGAUAAAGAACUGACCCUGAGUCAGCAGGUCGUACAUUUCUUAGAUUCCCUGCAGUGAACAUGUUUUAGACUUCCUGCUCGUGUAGGGGCACCUUGUUUGGAAAUGGUUUUUUAACAUUUCCUUCUUUGUACUACUUAAUAAGGCUAACAGUGUGGUUCUAUUUUAUGUUAGUUUGUGCUGUGACUCAAUUAAGUUACAAAAGUCAAAUAUUGUGUUUCUAAAUGCAUGUAACAAUUGCAAGUGUACUUUAACCAUUUCUGCUUAAGCAAGUAUGAUAAGGUAGAAUGGUAAGAGCCUUCAAAUCUGGUAUUGACGUACGUAACCUGCUUAAGAACACUUCAAAAGUCACCUGUAAAUAAUAGGCACAGGGAGCAUUUUGGAAACAUGAUGAAAGUAACUUCUUUGAAUAUCUAUUUCAACGAAUCCCUGGACACCAAAAACUUUAUUGUGCUCCUUUUAGCUUAGACAAAAGAGGAUCUCUUGAUAACUUUUACUCCACUACAUUUAUUUAAUACCUUUAUUUUCAAGCGACCCUGCAUUAUACACUCAUUCAAACUGGCUGCACCUUUACCAGCUUUAAUGAUCAAUACUUAUAAUCAAAACAUUAUCUUACUCUACUCUCCUUGUACACUAGUUAGCUGAUAUUUGAUUGCCACCUAGUGGAAACACAUAUGCAGUCUAGCCUACAGUCACAUCACCAACACUAGAGAGCAGCAGUAGAUCCAUUAUGCCAACAUUACAGUUCAACGUGAUCUUAAUAGAUGUAGGAAAUGUAAUAUUUAGCACUUGAAUCCCAACUGUUUAGCCCACUUAUUACAUAUUUGGUAUUGCAUAUCCUAAAGGCCUUUAUUGUAAUCCAAGCCACAAUUUGGCACAGACAUUCAUGGUCACAGUUUAUAUAGGAGAUUUUUAAGUGGUUGAAUCUGAAUCUCCUCUAGCAUGCAGAUAUGCAGGGACAUAAUUCAGCUCAGCAUCUCACAUGCAGCAAUAACCCUUUUAUUGCUCAUCUUCUCUUUUCAUCUUCCACCCGAUUUAUUUCCUGCUUAUUAUUCUUCCUGUUUUCUACUCGAGUGCCAUAUUCGCUAUCAGGUUUAGGGAGUAACAGAUUACGUGUGACAGGAUUACAUAAACAGGAUCAGAUAAGGAAAAAGGUAACCGUAUUCCUUACAGUUACAUAAACAAGAGGAAAUCAGACAACUCUUACAUUUCUUAAAAUUGAGGAUUACUACAAUGAUUACAAUGUUACUAAAAGUCGAAAAAAGACCAUUUUGUGUUUGUUUGUAAAAGGAUCAUAUUUAAUUUCUUCCUUCAACUGUUCUUCCCUGAAGGCUAAUACUACAAGUGUGAAUCUAUACACCUGAACUGCUGAUACUACUGAUUUUCACUUUGGGUUCUUCAUUUUCAAAUGAUUAUGUACGUGAUAUCUUUUAUAUAAAUACUUGUAUCUUUUAAUCCUCUGGAUUGUGGAAAACAGAAUGUUGAUCUCUCUGUAAACAAAAACUUAAAGAUUGGCAAUAAUGUUGACUGACAUAAGUUGUUCUUUUUUUAUUUCAGUACAUGAACCUAUAUGUUCUUAAAAUAUACUUGUAUACUUUAAUAUACCAAAUACUUAUUUUCCACAAUAAUUUGAAAGUAAAUUCUUUAAAAAUCCUACAAUGUGAUUUCCUGGAUUUCUUUUCUCAUUCUGUCUCUCAUAGUUGAGGUAUACCUAUGAUGAAAAUGACAGGCCUCUCUCAUCUUUUGAAAUGGGAGAACUUGCACAAUUGGUGGCUGACUAAAUACUUUUUGGCCCCACUGUAUGUGAAACAUGUUUUAACAUAACUAUCUUGGUUUCUUUUUUUCUAAGGUCAGGUAUUGCUGCUGUCUUAUAAAAUGCACUAAGCUAAA